AUGCUGGGUGUUCCUUCUCCUCCACCUUUUGCAGACCCCUCCACUGUUGGAUCCAGAAUAGUCAAUGGUGUGAAUUAUGCCUCAGCUGCUGCCGGGAUUCUUGAUGAGUCAGGGAGAAACUAUGGUGAUCGGUUUAGCAUGAACCGGCAAGUCCUGAACUUCGAGAACACGUUGAAUCAGUAUAGGACAAUGAUGAAUGCAACUGCAAUGAACCAAUUCUUAGCCAAGUCCAUAGCAGUUGUGGUGACCGGAAGCAAUGACUACAUCAACAACUACCUUAUGCCUGGCUUAUACAGCUCCAGUUCUAGUUAUACUGCCCAGCAGUUUGGCAAUCUUCUUGUCAAUAGUUUGGGGCGACAAAUUUUGACACUUCAAAGUUUGGGGUUAAGGAAGUUCUUCCUAGCAGGAAUUGCGCCACUGGGUUGCAUCCCUAAUAUUCGAGCGAGCGGUUUAGCCCCAGCAGGAAGGUGCGUGGACUCGAUUAAUCAGAUGGUUGGACCCUUCAACGAGGGGCUUAGAUCAAUGGUGGACCAACUCAACAGAGAUCAUCCUGAUUCCACGUUUGUGUACGCAAACACUUACCAUGUCUUGGGCGAUAUCCUAAACAACCCUGCAGCAUACUCGUUUACUGUUGUGGAUCAAGCUUGCUGUGGGCUAGGAAGGAACAGAGGUCAAAUAACAUGUCUCCCAUUUCAACUUCCAUGUCUAAACAGAAAGCAGACUGUGUUUUGGGAUGCCUUCCACCCAACUGAAUCAGCACUUUAUGUGAUUGCUUGGAGAGCUGUCAAUGGACCUUCUGAUGAUAGUUAUCCUAUUAAUCUCAAACAAAUGGCUCUCAUGUGA